UUAAGUAGUUAUACUUUUUCAUUCCAGCAAUGAGUGUGUAAACGUCAAAGCAAACAGAUAAAAGCAAUUGUAAGAACACAACUGAGAUUAUAACCAAAAAAGUCAAAAUUGAACAGGCCGGCUGAUAACUACCAUCCAUCUAUCUCCCUUAUAUAUCAUUGUGUUUCAGGGAGUUUCAUUGCAAGCUGCUUCUGGCCAAGGCCUCCAUCUAAGGAGGAACAAGUUUAUUGGCCAAAUCAAAAGACUUAACAUACAUACAAUGGCAGUAUCAAUCAGCCGGGUGCUCUUGAUUUCCCUAAUUUCCAUAGUCAUCUCUGCCGCAAUUGUCCACGCCAAAGGACAUGGGCAUCAUGGCCACGGAGGGAAGCAUCUUCAUCAUCAGAAUCGGAAUCAAUCAGUGCAGGGCGGCCCCGUGACAUAUGAUGGCAGGUCACUGAUUAUCAAUGGAAAACGAGAGCUUCUGUUUUCAGGUGCAAUCCAUUACACUCGAAGCACACCAGAAAUGUGGCCUUAUCUUAUCAAGAAGGCUAAACAUGGAGGCUUGAACAUGAUUGAAACUUAUGUGUUCUGGAACAUUCAUGAGCCUGUGCAAGGGCAGUACAAUUUUGAAGGAAACUAUGAUUUGGUGAGGUUCAUUAAGCUGGUUCAGGAGCACGGAAUGUAUGCUACCAUUAGGCUUGGGCCAUUCAUCCAAGCUGAAUGGAACCACGGAGGACUCCCUUAUUGGCUAAGGGAGGUCCCUGGCAUCAUAUUCCGCUCGGAUAACAAAGCAUUCAAGUACCACAUGGAGAAAUAUGUGCAGCUGAUUGUAAACAAGUUGAAGGAGGCGAAGCUAUUUGCUCCACAAGGAGGCCCCAUCGUCUUGGCACAAAUUGAAAAUGAAUACAAUAUGGUCCAGCUUGCCUAUAGAGAGUUGGGAAGCAGUUAUAUGAGGUGGGCAGCAGCCAUGGCAGUGCAGCAGAACAUCGGAGUACCAUGGAUCAUGUGCAAGCAGAAGGACGCUCCUGAUCCAGUCAUUAAUACUUGCAACGGAAGGCAAUGUGGAGAUACUUUCAUGGGCCCGAAUAAACCCUACAAGCCAACUCUGUGGACUGAGAACUGGACUGCUCAAUACAGAGUAUUUGGGGACCCUCCUUCACAAAGACCAGUAGAUGACAUUGCAUUUGCAGUUGCGCGUUUUUUCUCAAAGAAAGGAUCUCUAACCAACUACUAUAUGUACCAUGGCGGAACAAAUUUUGGAAGAACAAGUGCUAUUUUCACAACAACUCGCUACUACGACGAAGCUCCUCUCGAUGAAUAUGGUUUGCCUAGGGACCCCAAAUGGAGUCACCUCAAGGAUUUACACAAGGCUUUGAGGCUAUCCAGGAAGGCUUUACUUUGGGGAGUUCCUGGAGUCCAAAAGAUGAGCGCAAACACAGAGGUUUAUUUCUAUGAGAUGCCCGCCACAAACAUCUGUGCUGCUUUCUUGACCAACAAUAACCUUACAACGGAAGCAACUGUUAGUUGGAGAGGUCAGGAUUAUUACCUGCCACCGCAUUCCAUUAGCAUCCUCCCUGAUUGUAAGACCGUGGUCUUCAACACUCAAACAAUUGUUGCCCAACAUAAUUCUAGGAACUUCGUUCAAUCAACCGUUGCCAAUAAUCUCAAAUGGAAGAAGUAUGCAGAACCCAUUCCAAGCACCCUUCAAGUACCGGUAAAUAAUCCAACACCGCUGGAGCUGUACACCUUGCUAAAAGAUACCUCAGACUACGCAUGGUACACCACUAGCCUUGCACUGAAUCCACAAGACUUGCCCAGGAAGGCAAGCAUUCAACCAGUUCUUCGAAUUGCCAGUCUUGGUCAUGCAUUGCACCUGUUUGUCAACGGGAAGUAUAUUGGUUUCGGACAUGGAAGCCAUGAUGAGAAGAGCUUUGUCUUAGAGAAACCUGUUCACUUCAAGGCAGGUGUCAACCAGAUAACACUACUUGCCAUGACACUGGGACUCCCGGAUGGUGGAGCCUAUAUGGAGCACAGAUAUGCAGGGCCUAAUCUCAUAAUAGUCCUUGGAUUGAACACUGGAACACUGGACAUUACAAAGAACGGAUGGGGGCAUCAGGUUGGUCUGAAUGGAGAAAAGCUUCAAGUGUUCACUGAGGAGGGAUCAAAACAAGUUCAAUGGGAUAAAACAAAGGGAUCAGCACAGGGUCUCACAUGGUACAAGACUUACUUUGAUGCUCCAGAAGGUAAUAACCCUGUCGCUAUUCGAAUGACUGGUAUGGGAAAGGGAAUGAUCUGGGUUAAUGGUAGAAGCAUCGGCCGGCACUGGAUGUCCUUCCUCUCUCCUCUUGGAGAACCAACUCAAUCCGAGUACCACAUUCCAAGAUCUUUCAUCAAGCCUACACAAAAUAUUCUUGUUGUGUUAGAGGAGCAGCCAGCGAAGCCCAAACACAUUGAGAUCCUAACCGUCAACAGAGAUACUAUUUGUAGCUUCAUUACCGAGUACCAUCCUCCAAAUGUCAAGUCAUGGGCAAGGCAGGACAGCGUUUUCCGACCUGUUUUAGAUGUUAUCAGAUCAUCCGCCGACAUCAAGUGUCCCAACAAAAAGAAGGUUGUUGCUGUUGAGUUUGCAAGCUUCGGUGAUCCACCAGCUGGCUACUGUGGAAGCUACGUCUUGGGCAAAUGCAACUCCCCUGUAUCUAAGGAGGUUGUUGAGCAACAUUGCUUGGGAAAAUCCAGCUGCUCCGUCCCGAUUAACCGCAACCUUUUCUUGAAGAACAUUACUGAUGGUUGCCCAGGUAUCAAGAAAACACUUGCUAUCCAAGUCAAGUGUGCCAUAUAACCAAGAAGACACUUGAGAUAUACAAGGUUGUGUUGGGUGAUUGUCAUCACCCUUAAUUGAGUCCAAGAUGGCGAAGUAGAAUAGCAUAAUGUUCAUCAAACAUUAACAAGUUUUAAAAUUUUCCUUAAAAUUGCCCAGAAUAUGUCUUGUGUGUUAAUGGGGUCCAUCAAUGAUCCAUUCCAUCG